GUUUGAACUUCGCGCUUUGGACAUGCUGAGAAUCGCCCAAGUUGGCAGCACCAUGCCUAGUGAUCGUUGUAAUCGAUAGACGGGGUCGGAGUUUUGUGUUUACAUUUUGCACUCCCAAUUGUAAACAAAUACGAAAAGAGUUAAGUAUGGAGCAGCUCAACGAGGAGCAGUUCCUGAGGAAGUUCUCGGAAAUGUCCUUUACGCACAGUGCGUUCAUAGAGUUUAUGAACGGGCAGCAGCCGAUCAUGCAGGACGAUGUGGUAAUGACGGCCUUUCGCGAUGCAAUUCGCGAGCCCCGGCAUGCUCACAUUUUCGCCGGCGCCACAGUGCUGGAGGUGGGCUGUGGCAGCGCCCUGCUCUCCAUGCUGGUGGCCAGGCAGGGAGCCGCUCGUGUGUUUGCCGUCGACUCGGGCGAUGUGGCGCAGGUGGCACGCCACUUGGUGCGCGAGAAUGGCCUGGACGACGUGAUCGAGGUGAUUCAGGGCGACAUUCGGCAGUUGAAGCUGCCCCCAAUCGAUGUCAUUGUAGCCAAGUGGAUGGGCGCCUGUCUGUUGUAUAGCACCGCCUUGGAUGAGGUCAUCUAUGCGCGCGACAAGUGGCUCAAGUCGAAGGGCUACAUCUUUCCGGACACGGCCAGGCUGUAUCUAUCGGUGGCCGAGGACAGGGACAGGGAUCCGCCCAGGCAUUACUGGUCGCGCUUUGCCGGCCUGAAUAUGUCCCGUGCGGCAUGCAGUGUCCAGCAUCUGCCGAAAGUCGAACGCGUGCUGCAACACCAACUGAUCUCGGAGCCGCAGCAGAUAUGGCAAAUGGAUGUGCGCACCAUCAGCAGCGAGCAACUGAGCUUCACGGUGCCCUUCAAGCUGCACUCGCAGCGCCGGGAGAUCAUCGAUCUGUUUGUGGUGCACUUUGACUUUGGCUUUCCGGGCGGUACCGCCGAGGAGGUGGUGUCCACCAGUCCCUGUGCGCCCAGCACCCACUGGCGGCAGACAGUCUUUCACAUCGAUCAGCAUCUGCCCAUAGAGCCGGGCGAUAGAUUCGCGGGCACAUUUGGCGUGUCGCGUGGCGCCAACCAUCUGGACUUUGACAUUGAUUGGAGCUACCGCAGCAGGCUGGUCAAGAUAAAGUCGCACAAGCAAAUCUUUCGCAUGUUUGGCGGUCAACAAGGAGCAGACAUAGCCGAAGGAAGGGAAGUACAGCGACAAGCCCAAGACCCAAGGAUGAGUACUGAAUGGGGACUUGCCAUGGAGGAGUUGCCAUUCUCUUUAGAAGUUUAACUUUUCAUUUUUAUAUUUUUGUUAUACAAAAAAUGAAUGCAAAAUUAAUUUAAUUAUAAGAAAAAGAAACUGUUUGCUUAGAGAGCCGCCACUGCCAGCCCACAUAUCCCAGGGUCACUCGUCAUUACGUAUACGCCGCAUGGGACGAACCUACCGCAAUGGCGGCGGCCCCCAAGAGCCAAAAAAAGCCCAAGUACCAAUUAGCAGGGGGCUAAGCGGAGAGCAGUCAAAGCGAGGGAGGCAGAGCGGCAAAGAAAGAGUGUGGCAGAGAGGCGUGG